AUGGCCGAUCGUGAUAAUACUGACGAGAUUGUUGAAAUUGAUUUUGAAGUUGGACAUAUAUCAAUAAUUCGAUCAGAACCAACAACAACGCAUAAUCCACCACGUACACAUGAUUGGACAGUUUAUUUACGUUCUGCUGAUGUUCAUGGUGAUUUAAACUGUCUUAUUCAGCGUUGUAUAUUUUAUCUUCAUCCAGAAUAUCCCGAUCAUAGACGAGAAUUAAAAUCACCACCAUUUGCUAUAAAAGAAACUGGUUAUGCUGGUUUUCAUUUGCCAAUUGAUAUUUUUUUUAAAACAAGAAAAGAACCAAAAAAAUUUCGUAUUGAAUAUGAUCUUGAUUUACAUACGAAUGUUGAAGGACAUCCACAUCGACAAAAAGAAAGUUCUGUACGUCGAUAUCGUUGUACGUUUUACAAUCCUGAUCCAGAAUUUCGACAAAAAAUUUUAGCAGCUGGUGGGAAAAUCAGAGAUACCAAUUCGAAACUAACGAAUAACGAUGAAAGCUGUGUUGAAGCGAAAAAGAAUUCAUCAUCAUCUCGACCAAAAGUUCAUCAUUCUUCAUCACGAAAACGACCACAUUCACCAGUACCAACAAUAAAUUCUGCUAAUAAUAAGAACAUUAAAAUUAAACAAUCAGUGGCUAAUUCAAAGGAAGAAAAUUACAAUAGUCAAUCAACAAUAACUGAUAUAAACACGUUCAGUGUUAAAAGUAUUGCCAAAGAUUUUAAACUUAUAUAA